AUGAUUCGCCCACCAACCGCGCAGCUUAGUCAACCGACGGUGCCGCGCUCUCUUGUUACCUCAUUAGUCCCUAACCUUCGUCUUGGCGAAUCAGAUGCUCCGUCUCCGUACUGGCUCGGUCUGAUCGACCCUGGAGACAGCUCGCCGGUGAACGCAACCCAAGAAACGCUUUUUUUGCUUUUUGCACCGUUCUGCAUUCGUAUCCGCGAAACUUCCACGUACCCCGACCGACCCGACUGUCUCUGGCGGAUGCCCGGCCAGACGAGCCUCACCGCCGACUCCAAGACUGGUCUACAGCAGCAUCCUAGCAAGAAGCCAGGUCCUUGUCGUGUGCGUCGAUCUGCCUUCUCGCUUAGAUACGCUGGCAACUGA